GGUGCUGUCGUCACUUGUUCAGUUUGCUGUACUACCUCACUACAUUAGACACCUCAGCAGCGGGACAAAAAUGGACUCGAUACUACGCCGAGGUACUCUCAUAGAACUCAUGACAUAAGUCACGACGCCGUAUCUAUUUCAGAUGGCUUAUCUCGGUGUGAAGUUUUAAUCCUUCUGUUCAUAGCCCAGACAUGCCCAGUUUAACCCUGCCGGAGUGUCCACACUACAUCCCCCCUCCAGAAACAAAAGAGGACUUGGAAUUCGCGGACCUUCCCAUCAUCGAUCUUUCCAAAGCGCAUACACCCGAGGGACGUGCAGAGCUUUAUCCGCAGCUUCGAGAUGCACUACGCACCCAUGGCUUUCUCUACGCUAUCAAUCAUGGUCAUACACAAGCGCAGCGUGACAGGGUCUUCGAUGUAGCUGGCGUUCCUUUUGACAGCGUCUCUCCGGAUGAAAAGAAGAUGUACACCGCCGAUGUCGAAAAAGUCGGGUACUACGCAGGUUAUAAACCUCGUCAAUUCUGGAAAGUCGACACGGAGAAUCAAAUUCUCGAUCAGAUUGAGCAUUAUGCAAUAAACCUCAAUGUCACAAAGCGUCCCCACCCUACGGCCGUGCGCCCGUUCCUUCCAGAGCUCGAUGAUUUUGCUCGCCAUAAUCACUUCAACAUUCUCCAUCCGAUCCUUCGCUUGAUUGCGUUAAGCCUCGAGCUGCCCGAGGAGACUUUGGUGGAAAAACACAAUUUUGAUCGAACAGGAGAAACCUCUGUCAGGUUCAUGAAAUACUACAGGCGCUCGAAUGAUGAAGAAGAGAAGUCAAAGAAUGUCUGGUUGAAGGGACACACAGACAUCGGCAGCAUCACCAUUCUAUGGAGCCAGCCUAUCGGAGGCCUGCAGAUUAUGGCUCCUGACGGCAAAUGGAAAUGGGUCCGACACAUUGACAAUGGUUUGGUCAUCAAUACAGGCGACAUGAUGACAUUCCUCACAGGCGGAUACUACAAGCCCACGAUCCACCGUGUCAUCCAGCCCCCCUCCGACCAACGCGCCUACGACCGUUUGGGUGCAUACUAUUUCGCGAUGCCAGACAACGACGUUCGUUUGCUGCCGUGUGCUGAAAGUCCUGUGUUAAAGCGCGCUGGUAUUGAGCGCCAGUGUCCUGAUGAUGAUUCACCAUCGUGCGAGACGUGGAGGAAGGGAAGGACAACGUCGUAUGGGAGGACUGAUCUCAAGAAGGGGGUAGAACGUGGUGUUGAGGAGGAGGUCAUCGAGGGGAUUGUGGUGAAGCAUUAUAACUGAGCACUGAAGAGCGGCCGAAUGAUUAUGUAUUAGUAUGAUUGGCUGACUUUUGUAUGGUUUCGGUGUUCAUGAUUGCACGACCGUGUGGACGUCAUU